UUGAUUUCCCGUUUGUAAUUCCUCUCUCCCCCAAAUACCAUGCCGAUGCGGCGCCAUCUCGACCUCACCCGCGCCGCCAUGCCGCCGCGGCGCUGGCCGGCGGCGCCGCCUCCCGCCUGCGCCUUCUCCGCCGCGGCGCCGUCCGCCAAAACCACCGUGCAGCUCGCCCACCUCGCGCACCUCCCGUCCUCCCUCCCGCCGCCGUCCCACUGCACCGUCACCCCGCCCGUGCAGCCCUGGCCGCGCCGCCUCACUCCCCGGAGCUUCUCCCGCCUCCUCCUCCGCCUCCCGACCCCUCAGCUCGCCGUGCUCGCCUUCCGCCACGCGCUCUUCCGCGCCACGCCGCCCCUGCCCCCAUCCAUCCCCGUCUUCGCCGCGGUGCUCUCUCGCCUCGCCGGCGCCCCCCCGGACCUGCUGCCGCCGGUCCUCUCCGCCCUCCGCGCCGCCCGCCUCCCGGCCUUCUCCGACCGCGCCUUCCUGCCCCUCCUCCGCGCGCUCCCGCCGCUCCCCUCCCUCCGCCUCUUCCUCUCCCUCCCGUCCUUCAACUCCCACCCCUCCGUGCGCUCCUUCAACGCGCUCCUCCACUCCCUCGUCGCCGCGCGCCGCCUCCGCCUCGCCGCCGCCCUCUUCCGCGCCGCGCCCACCAAGUUCUACAUCACGCCCGACCUCGUCUCCUGCAACAUUCUGCUCAAGGGGCUCGUCGGCGUCCGCGACCUCGAUGCCGCCCUCAAGGUUCUCGAUGAAAUGCCCGGGUGGGGGAUCGUCCCUGAUGUCGUCACCUACACGACGGUUCUCUCCGCAUACUGUGCCAAGGAGGAUCUCAAGGGCGCACAGAAGCUAUUCGAUGAUAUUAUUGCCGGUGGGCGUGUGCCAGAUGUUACGAUGUACACGGUGCUCAUCGGUGGGUACUGCCGGACCGGGAAGAUACAGGAUGCAGCUAGGAUUAUGGACGAGAUGGAGGCAGCUGGGGUGCAGCCGAAUGAGGUUACGUAUUCAGUCGUGAUUGAGGCAUGCUGUAAGGAGGGGAAAUCUGCCGAGGCGUGCAAUCUAAUGGGCGAGAUGCUUGGGGCAGGUUACACACCAGACACACCACUGGCUGCUAAGGUGGUCGAUGUGCUGUGCCAGGACGGAAAGGCAGACGAAGCACACGGAAUGUGGAGAUGGAUGGUGAAGAAGAACGUCCCACCAGAUAACACAAUCACGAACACACUGAUCUAUUGGUUAUGCAAGAGCGGAAUGGUUCGGGAGGCAAGGAAGCUGUUUGAUGAGCUCGAGAAGGGGUACAAGCCAAGCUUACUGACUUAUAACUCGCUUAUUUCCGGAUUAUGUGAAAAUGGGAAGUUACAAGAGGCUGGGCAGGUGUGCGAUGACAUGGUUGAACGGAGAUAUGAGCCAAAUUCCAUGACUUACGAGGCCUUCAUCAAGGGAUUUUGCAAAAUUGGGAAACCAGAUGAAGGGGCCGCAGUAUUUACUGAGAUGGUGACCAAAGGGUGCACCCCAAGCAAGGUUCUUUACCAAGUUUUGGUUGAUAGCCUUUCUGAGCCAAUACACGACGAUAUUAUUGGCAAAAUUGUUCAAACUGCUGCCUUAAGUGGUGGGGAUUUCUUGGAUGGGGAUUCUUGGGAGCUCUUUAUCAGGAGAGUGUUAGAUACUAAGAGUGAUGCUUGGAACAAGCAUCUCAACUCAGUGCUAGAUACAUAACCAUAAGGUGUGGUGUGCAGACUAUGGCUGAAAGCCCCAAACUGAUCAUUGUAUUCUGAAUAAAUUUCUCAAGGAAGUUGAUGCCUUGAUGCCACUAGUCUUCCACUGUAACAACUAACAACUUCUCUGGAAACGUCUUCCACUAUAACUAACAUGGUCAGUAGCACACUGAUCUAUUGAUUGUGCAAGAAUAGAAUGUUUGUGAAGGUGAGGAGGCUGUUUGAUGGGCUCAUGGAGGGGUCCAUAUCAAGCUUUUUGAUUUGUAGCUCACUUAGUAUCAAAUUGUGUGAAAAUAGGGAGUUACAGGAGGCUUGGGUCAUGUGAAAACUGUUCAGAUUACCGUCGCAAGAAUAAGAUUGGAGAAUAUUUGAGGCACUGGAGCUGCUAAUUGUUAGCAACAAAACUUUCUGGAUGAAUAGUGUAGAGUUAAAUGGUGUUCUUGGUUGCUCAGCUAAAACCCCAUUAUUACUCUGUAUUCAGUUCUCAUUUCCUUGUCAUUGCCUCUGCAACUCAGAUCUUCCUGGCACAUUGUAUUUCUGCAGUGUAGAAGAGGAUGUGGUCCAUGGCUUGCCCUAUAUUGAAGUACUUUGUGAGAGACCUUCAAUCCUCAUGGUCACUGGUGGAAACUGCUGGGCUGUGGUGAGGGAAGGGAAAGGCAACAGAGAGGAAGAUGGCGGUGAUUCUGACGACCAUUUAGAGUUAUCUCUGGCGGUAUUGUUGUUGAUGAUGAUAGUGUAUUCCUCUUAGUUUUGUGAAACAUAUGUUAUAAAAAGGUCCCUAGUGAUCAGAAGCACGUAUAUGAUUCUGCUCCCUGUCAGCAGCUCAGCUCUUGCUUCAACCUGAUGAAUUGCUCUUGUAAGCUCAAUGUCGUAGAAGCUUCCCACGGAUUUAUCUCAACUACAGGAGGAACUGGGACUACUAGACAUGAGGAAAUGGUCACGUAUACACUGGGCACCCCUCAACAAAUAUACCCUUAGCAGUGGGGCAAGAAGCCAGGGGGCAUCCAUCCAAGUCAUUGCCCCACCAGUUCAAACUGAUGUUCUCCAAGCCUAGGCACAUGUAAAUUAACACGGCCAUGAAUGCCAAACCAGCAUCUAGUGCACCUGAAAGCAGAUAAUUGUGUCGCUCCCACCAGUCACGCCGGUAUCUAUAGACCACAUAGCCUGACAAAAACCCAACAAAUAUCCAUGUGAUGUAGUUGACUGCAGUGGCGGGGGGCAUCUGUCCGGGGGAACCAAUCAACACGGGCAUGUUGAUAAGCAAGAUCCAGUUCUGGCCUGGGAAUGCCUUGUGUGCAAACCAGACAAGGAGUGGGGCAAUGGCUGCCCCCAAGAAGAACCAGUUCACUGCCGAGUAAGUUCCUAAGUCCCCAAAUAUUCUGCGUGGGCUAAUGAGACCCCAUAUGACUGAUGCGCCGUAGAACACAUCACCGGGGCAGGUCCAAGGGCUGCCUGCUGGGAGGAGCUCGGUGUCACAGAUGUUGGGGAUUUAGUCCAUCAGCCACCAUGCUGUUCCAAGGUACACAAAUGCUGCAAUCAGAGUUCCGACCACCUGCCAUGUUUCAAGAAGUUGCUUAGUGACACAAUACAACAUGAGCACUUGUGCAGUAGAAAUGACAGAGCAACUAUAUGAGUAGAAGCUUUACCUGAGCCAUGAACAUGGUCCUUGGGGGAAUCUUCAUGUAGUGGCCCAACUUAAAAUCUUGCAGAAACGUCAGAGCUUGGCUCAUGCUGAUGUAGCCAUAUACCUUGAAGCACAUAUUCGCGACGGGCCGUCCAGGGUACAGGUACCCCAUGAUGUACUCUGUGAUGAUGUUCAAUCCUGGAUUCUGCAUAUAACGAAAGAAUAAAAAAUCAGGGAACUGGUGGUCUGGAGUUGUAUGACAUGAUAUGCAAUUUGUCAAAUUGCGUACCUGGUUCGUAGUUGCUGUGAUAAUUCCAAUUGGGAGGGUAAAGAAAAAGGCAAUGGCACAUGCCAGCAGUACUCCCCACCAGGGCAGCUGGAGUUGCUCGAUGUAGUAUUCACAAGCAAAUACAGUUACAGCAAUAUUAACAGUAAGGAUGCAGAUGAACCACCACUCGGGCACCUGCUUAUAUCUCCUCAUAAGCUUUGUAUAAUUUUACCUUCCGUGGAAGAGGAGGACAUGGACGAUCGUCGCGGUAAGGGAUGCAAAACCAACACCGUACGUGACGGCGAAGAAGGUGCUGAGGUACAGUGGACCGUUCUUCUCAUAGGCCUUCGUGUCGAAAUGGAACUGGGAGUCCACGAUGCUCGUGAUGUUGUACUUCUGCCCGGUCUCGGUGAAGAGCCCAUCGGAGAAGAUGGGGAAGUUCCGCGCCUUGUAGAAAUUAAACCAGUACGCGAUGGGCAUGAUCACGUACAUGAUGAUGAAGAAUCCUGCGGCGACGUUGGCGGUGGCGAACCAGGGGCUGGCGAGGGGGCUCCCGAGGUAGGAGGAGACGGAGGCCCAGUCGAGGCCGAUGGAGCCGAUGCCGAGGCCGUAGAGGCCCGAGCCGAGCUGCUGGGCGAACACGGAGUUGGGGAACACCCAGCAGAUCCAGGAGAGGGAGGUGAGCAUCUGGAACAGGUAGCCGGGGAAGAUGUAGUAGACGAAGCUGCAGAUGAAGGCCACCAGGAAGAACUGGCUGCGUGUGAAUCCGCCUUUGUUCUGCACCUCCUUCUCGUGGAGUGCCCUGCUCGGAAUUUCCAGAGUUUCAGAGAAUGGUUCGAAUUCGAAUCCGCAGGUUGCCAUCUUUCCUUGAGAGAGACAAAUGGAAUGGAAUUUCUCUCCAGUUUUGUACAAUCUUACUGAAGGGGAAGACAUCAUCUGUGCAUGAUCAUUUCUCUCCUACCAUCAUGGGGCGCAUGUUAAUUAGCUCACAGUGUCUUCUCCUUGGGAUUGACACAGGAGAUGAAAUUCCUCUCCUAUUUUGUUUGUACAAUUUAUGUUGAUGAAAGGAAGACAUUUCUCCUUGGUUCCUCUAUGGAGGGCUAUUAUUCUAUUGUCAUGUUGAUUGUUGAGAGAUUAAAAGGGGUUGGAUAUAACCGAAGCCAGAUGCUGGAAGGCUGUAGAUCCAGCUUGGUCAAAUGAUAUGGGAUCUUCCCAUCAAUUUUCUUUUCGUCA